AUGGAGAAGGAGAAGGAAAAGUAUAAGGAUAUUGUGAGUGACGGUGACGGUGAUGAAGAUGGUGAUGUUGGUGUUGUUAGGGUUGUGGGUGGUGAUAGUCAAACAAUUGAAAUUUGGGGAAAAAAAGAAGAAGAAGAAGAAGAAGAAGAAGAGAGUGAUAUUGAAAGUCAUGCUAGCACCGAAGAUGAGAAUGAACAAAUUGACCUCUCCUCCCACGAUCCUAGCCAAAGAACCAGCUCUGAAGAUGAUCUCGACCCUUCCCGUCCUCAACUCUUACACCACCUUCAAAACGAUUCUUCAAUCCUCACUCUCGCCGUCGGAUCAAAAUACGUAUAUGCCGGUACUCAAGAUGGAGAGAUCGUAGUCUGGUCCCUCGCAUCCUACGAACUCGUUUCACGCAUUCAAGCACAUACCCGCAGCGUACUCUCUCUCUUCUUAUCCGCAGAUGGCAAGCUACUAUUCUCAUCUGCCGGCGAUGCUAUUGUCAAUGCAUGGUGUCCUACGACUUUAGUCCGCAAAUAUCAUAUCUACAGUACCUACGAUGUCGGCGAUGUAUUUUCCGUGGCAUAUUCCCCGCAAUUGGAGACGGUAUAUUUAGGAGCGCAAAAUACGAGUAUACAAUGGGUGAGCUUGAGGGAUUCCGCGACGAGACCUACGCCAAAUCCAGAACGUCACCCAGAUAGGAGGAAUCAUCGUUUUUUUGAUAGUGUGCAGCAUGGAGGGACGUCUACACCGAGACCGAGACAAGCGGGGAGAGCGGCGGCGGAUCAAGGAGACGUGUUGGAGAUUGAUAAGGCGCAUAUGAAACAAUAUGCGCAUUUUGGCUAUGUGUAUUGUAUGCUCAUGGUUCGGGGCGUCUGCAGACAAGUCGAUGCUGAUGAGGAUAUGCUCAUUUCGGGUGGGGGAGAUGGAACAAUUAAAUUAUGGAAAUUGAGCGAGGAUCAAGAUGAGGGGAUUAAAGAGAUUGAUAAAUUAGGGGAGGAUGAUGCGGAGAGUGUAUUGAGUUUGGCGGUGGAUGGAAGUUUUCUCUAUAGUAGUAAAUUGGAGGGGGUCAUUGAGUUGUGGGAUUUGGAUACGAGACAGAAGUUGAGGGUUAUUAGGGCAAAUAGGGGGGAUGUCAUGACCUUACAAAUGGGGUGGGGGUAUCUUUGGAGUGGGGGAAGUACUGGGCAUGCUAGAAAAUACAGCACGGUACAAUAUGGACAAUAUAAAACCUCGUCGAAUUUCAGCCAAAAGUAUCAAUGUGUAAAACGAUGGAAAGCACACGAAGGGAGAAUCUUGGCUUCUGCAGCCACUACCUAUCGUGGUCAACAACUCUAUAUCACUGGUGCAAACGAUUGUUCUGUUUCCAUAUGGGAUGUCACUGGUUGUGAUAUGGGCACAUAUCCAAAACGCGAGUCACUUCAGGACGAUCAACUUAUCAAAUCUUUGCAAGAUUUCGUAGCAUUCAAAACAAUUUCCGCAAGACCUGAUCAUGCCGAAGAUUGCCGACGUGGUGCUACGUUUUUGAGAACAUUGUUCAAGAAACAUGGUGCUGUUACUGAGAUGCUGACUACCGAAGCUCACCACAAUCCGAUUGUGUAUGCCAAGUUUAAGGGGAAUCCCGAGACGGCUGGAAAGAGGAAGAAAAUUUUGUUUUAUGGACAUUAUGAUGUUGUCCCUGCUGAUGAUAAGCAGAAGAAAUGGAUUAUUGACCCAUUUCAAAUGAAGGGGGUUAAUGGUUAUCUUUACGGAAGAGGAGUGAGUGAUAACAAGGGACCAAUCAUGGCAGCUCUUUAUGGAGUUGUGGAUUUGGUUCAUGAGAAGGCUUUAGAUUCUGAUAUCACGUUUUUGAUUGAGGGAGAAGAAGAGAGUGGAUCAAGAGGUUUCAAGGAUGCCGUGAGGAAACACAAGGAGUUGAUUGGGGAUAUCGAUUAUAUCAUUCUUGCUAAUAGUUAUUGGCUUGAUGACGAGGUUCCUUGUUUGACAUAUGGUCUUAGAGGUGUUCUUCACGCUACUAUCAAAGUCAAUAGUAAUCAUCCAGAUGUUCACAGUGGAGUUGAUGGAAGUUUCAUGAUGGAUGAGCCACUUUUCGAUUUAACUGCUAUCCUCGCCAAGCUAAAGGGUCUUCAUAAUCGAAUUCAAAUACCUGGAUUCUAUGAUGAAAUCCUCCCUCUAACCCCAGCUGAAGAAGCUCGAUACGAUGAUAUCGUGUCGACACUUCUCCGUCGCAAUCCUGAACUUGGACCAGCGGAAAAUCUCAAACAAUCUAUCAUGGCAAGAUGGAGAGAACCAAAUUUGACGGUCCAUCGCUAUAAAGUUUCAGGGCCAGAUGGUUCUCUGGUUUCAUCACACGCAAGCGCAGCCAUAUCUCUUCGUCUAGUUCCAAAUCAAGAAGUCGACGAUGUCAUCAAAUCUCUCACCAAGUUCCUCGAAGAUGCUUUUGCAAAACUCGAUACGCAUAACCAUCUUACUAUCAAUAUUGACAAUCAAGCAGAUGCCUGGCUCGGCGAUCCUGAGAACGAAAUUUUCAGAACGUUGGAGGAGGCUAUUAUGGAAGUUUGGGGCCCCAUCACCGAUCAUACGAGGAGAAGCAGCGUGCAAGGUCCUAAAAAGGAAAACUCAUCUAUAAGUCCCAUUAGUGCAUCUCCAAGCCUUAAACCAACACCGGCAACAACAACGAGUUUGACGGGUGGGAGUGAUCAUACGAGUUUAGCGGCGACACCAGUGGAUCUUGCUAGUUUGGAUUUGGGGGAUAGAGAUUGUGGAAAGAAUGGAAACGAGAACGAGGAAGAUGAUGAGAAUGAGAAUGGCGGGAAUGGAAAUGGUAAAAAGAGUAGAGAGGGGAAAGGACUAGGGAGAAAACCGUUGUAUAUCAGAGAGGGAGGUUCGAUUCCUAGUAUUCGAUUCUUAGAAAAAGAGUUUGGGGCACCGGCGGCUCAUUUGCCUUGUGGGCAGGCGAGCGAUAGUGCGCAUUUAGAUGUUAUGUUGGGAGGAGUUGAGCGAGGAGGUGAGGAGGUGGGAGGUUUAAACUUUGAGGAGGGGCGUAAAGUUGAUUGGGUGGAUGGAGGGGUGGAUGAAUAG